AUGGCCUUCGAGAAUGUUGCGGUAGCUCAGUUGCUGAGCACAGGUCUCGGAUUCAGCAUUGCGGGAGGCGUGGGGAAUCAGCACAUCCCUGGAGACAACAGCAUUUAUGUCACAAAAAUUAUCGAUGGAGGGGCAGCGCAGAAGGACGGGAGGUUACAAGUCGGAGACCGGCUUCUUAUGGUAAAUAAUUACUGUUUAGAAGAAGUAACGCAUGAAGAAGCUGUAGCAAUAUUGAAGAAUACAUCGGACGUAGUGUAUUUAAAAGUUGGAAAGCCCACCACCAUUUACAUGACUGAUCCCUAUGGCCCACCAGAUAUUACCCAUCCUUAUUCUCCACCCAUGGAAAACCAUAUACUGUCUUCAGGCAACAACGGCACUUUAGAAUACAAGGCAUCUUUGGCCUCUAUCUCUCCGGGAAGAUAUUCGCCUAUCCCAAAGCACAUGCUAGUGGAGGAUGACUAUACCAGUCAUUCGCAGCACAGCACGGUCACCCGGCCGCCCACAGUGAGCAUACAGCGGAGCAUUUCCAUAGAAGGGGAGCCUCGAAAAGUCGUCCUGCACAAGGGCUCCACGGGACUUGGGUUCAACAUUGUGGGCGGAGAAGACGGUGAAGGCAUUUUUGUAUCCUUCAUCCUAGCAGGAGGGCCAGCCGACCUCAGCGGAGAGCUGCAGCGAGGAGACCAGAUUCUAUCG